AUGGCUGCUUCUUGUUCGGCUGCUGCUGCUAUCCCUCCUCAAGAAAAGUACGAUGUGUUUCUUAAUUAUAAACUUGAGAGAGGAGACGAAAUUGGACCUGCCCUUCUUGAAGCAAUCGAAAAAUCAAAGCUUUCGGGCAUCGAUCCAUCAGAUGUAAGAAAACAGCAGGGGAGUUAUGCAGAUGCCUUUGCUCAACUUGAAGAACGUUUCAAGGACAGUAUCGACAAGGUGCUCAAUUGGAACGAUGCUUUGACGAAAGCAGCCAGUCAAUUCAAAAGGAACUUGGGCCUGGUUGGAAUUGAAAGAAAAAUUGAGCAAAUUGAAUCGUUAUUGUGCAUUGAUUCACGAGAUCUUUGCUAUGUAGGUAUUUGGGGCAUGCCUGGUAUUGGCAAGACCACCCUUGCCGGUGCUGUGUUUAACAGACUCUCUACUAAGUUCGAGGCUUGUUUUUUUCUUGCAAAUGUAAGGGAGGAAUCAGAAAGUCAUGGACUAAAUCAGUUGCGAAAUAAACAUCUUCGUAUGUUAUUAGAGGAAGAAAAUCUAAACAUUGAGACUCCAUCUGUGGGAUCAAAUUUUGUUGGAGAGAGGCUUGCCCGUACAAAGGUCCUCAUUGUCCUCGAUGACGUGAACAAUCUAAACCAACUAGAACUUUUAGCUGGAGAUCAGGACCAGUUUGGCCCCAGAAGUAGAAUUACCAUUACAGCUAGAGAUAGGCGCCUACUUAAGGAAAGGGUUGAUGAUGAGAAUAUACAUAAGAUUAAGAGAUUAUGUUUUGAUGAGGCUCUUCAGCUCUUACAUUUGAAUGCUUUCAAAGGUAACUCUCCUGCAACAAAUUAUGCAGAGUUGUCGAAAGUGGUUUUAGAUUAUGCUGAUGGCAAUCCAUUAGCUCUUAAAAUUUUGGGUUCCUCGUUCCUUCAUUGCAAGAGCAAAGAAGAUUGGGAAGAUGAAUUGAACAAAUUGAAAAAAUUUCCAAGAAAAGAAAUUCAGAAUGUGUUGAGACUAAGUUAUGAUGGAUUAGAAGAAAAUGAGAAGGAGAUAUUUCUUGAUAUAGCAUGCUUUUAUAAAGGGAUGGAUGUUGAUUUAUAUGCAAAAAGAAUGUCAGAUGUUCAUGGUUGCUUUCAGACAGGAAUUAGAGUUCUCAUUGAUAUGUCUCUCAUAUCAAUUUCAGAACGUAACUGCCUAGAGAUGCAUAAUUUGCUACAAGAAAUGGGUCAAGCAAUUGUUCGUGAACAAUGUAUUGAAAAUCCAGGAAAAUGCAGCAGGUUGUGGAUUGCUGAGGAUGUCAAACAUGUAUUGGAAAAUAAGAUGGGAAGAAAAUAUGAACUUGCUGUGAGAAGACAUGAUGAACAGGUCACGGAACAGCAAAAAGUUCAAGUCAUAUUCUUUAACAUAUCUGAGAUUAAAGAGCUACACUUGAGUCGUAAAGCCUUCAAAAAGAUGCACCAUCUAAGAUUGCUGAAGAUAUAUAAUUCUAGCAAUGACAAUUACUGCAAAUUAUACCUUUCUCAAGGUCUUCAGUAUCUUCCCAAUACUUUUCGUUAUCUUCACUGGGAGGGAUACCCUUUGAAAACUUUGCCAUCAAAGAUUUUUCCAGAAAAUCUUCUUGAGCUUCGGAUGCCCCACAGCCAAGUCGAGCAUUUGACUGUUCUGUACGAAACUCAAAUAUCUUCCGGACAUGCCAUGCAAUAUGGAAACUUUAAUGUUAGCUUGGACUGCAUAGAGGAAUUGCCUUCAUCAGUUUGGUCUAGUGAAAAACUUGAUGUCCAUCAUAUUGGACAUUGUCUGCAUCUUAAGAACCUUCCAAGCAACAGUUGUAAGCUAAAAUGCUCCAGUGAUUUUACUCUACAAGGCUGCUCAUCUCUUGUCAACUUUACGGAGCUUCCCUCCAAUAUGACAAGGUUAGAUUUGAGUGGAUCAGCAAUAGAGGUAUUGCCCUCAUCAAUCGAGCGUCUCUUUAGUCUCACCUCUAUUGAAUUGAAAAACUGCAAAAGGCUUGUGACUCUCCCAGUGACAAUUUGUAAGUUGAAAUGUCUUGGGAGUCUACGUCUCACUGAUUGCACUGCAUUAGAAUACUUCCCAGAAAUCUUGGAGCCUAUGAAAGAACUGCACUCUCUUAGUUUGGCAAGAACAGCAGUUAAAAAGCUACCCUCUUCAAUCCGAAAUCUAUCCCGCCUGAUGACAUUAGAGCUCCCUGGGUGCAAAAACCUUGAUUUUGUCCCAACAGCAUCUACAAUUUAA